AUGUGGCGGCCGUGGUUUUCAACGUUAAGGGAAGUCAUUACCAUCAUCUCAAGGUUUUGCCUCAGCGCAUGGGGUGGACAGCGUCUCGUUGCCGAGGGUCUCCGGUCGCUCGUACAUCUUUCACCGCACGACUCUUUCACCAGAAAAAUAUAUACUGACGAAGCUGUCACAAAACGGCUGGCCCUCAUCGCCUUCGCCAUUUAUCCAACUGCCCUUUCCGUUGGGAUGGCUACGAUCUCCCUUAGUGGUUACUGCGACCCACAAUACAAUGCCCACCGCUUCUGGCCGCCUCAUACGCGCGACGACAUCAAAGACAUACUUGAAAGCUGGACAGGCCUUGCGAUGAUUCACGUAAGGACAGGCCUGAGCUUGCAGCAAAUGAACAGAUGGCGCCUGAGCCUCGGGAGAGCCGUGGUCUGGGGACUGGGGAUUGCAACAUGGGUGACCGUCGAGAUAUACAUGGGACCCUGUUGGUACUUCUCACGAAUUUGGAAGGUGUGGUUUUCUGUUAUUUGCGUAUCAUUUGCUACGUGGUUCAUCGCGCAUGCGCAAGAAUUGAUCGUGAAAAGUCGGAAGUCAGUUGGGACAGCACAUCUAGAAUUGCUAAUGUAUAUCGGGGUCGUUUAUAUUGUGAGAUGGGUUGAUGUGGAUGGACUUUGCGUCAAGCCAACAUGUUGGUAG